CUUUGAAGCAGGUUGAUUCAUGAUGGCCCUUGCAGCCCUGACCCAGGCCUUUAGAUCUCUUGCUCUAACUUCAACUCCACUGCUAACACAGCAUGUUCAUCCAGUGUCACUGCUUUCCUCACAGGUUGUGAAACAAACCUUGUGGCGUAGCCAGUUCUCCAUGGUUUCUUGCUGUCAGCUGUUGGUAUCUCAUCAGAGCCCAUUGUCAGGAACCUGUGCUUCGCAGAAAUGCCGGCCGUUUCAGACAUGUGUCAUUUCCUGCACUAACAAUCCUCUGUGGAAGCCACCUACCAAGUACACAAUCCGACCCAUUGGUAUGAAGAAGACUGGUGGUAGAGACCAUACAGGAAAAAUUCGAGUCCAUGGUAUUGGAGGAGGCCACAAGCGGCGGUAUCGUAUGAUUGAUUUCCACCGCUUAAGAUAUGAACCUGGAAAAGAAACUCAGGCAUUUGAAGAGAAAGUCAUUGAAGUCCGCUAUGACCCCUGCAGGUCUGCUGACAUAGCACUUGUAGCUGGUGGCAAUCGGAAACGGUGGAUCAUUGCUACUGAAAACAUGCAAAUUGGAGACAUCAUUAAGACUUCAGGACAUAUUGGAAGGAUGGCAGUUUCAGCCAAAGAAGGAGAUUCAUAUCCUCUUGGAGCUCUUCCUGUUGGAACACUUAUAAACAGCUUGGAAAUCGGUCCUGGAAAAGGAGCACAGUGUAUCCGAGCUGCAGGAACAUGUGGAGUGUUAUUAAGAAAAGUAAAUGGGACAGCAAUUGUACAACUGCCAUCCAAGAGACAGGUCCAGGUAAGUUUAAGAUAA